AGACACUUCAGCUCAUAGCCAAACACUUCACACGCUAGCAAGCUGCUAGCAUCCUACUAGCUCCUUUUAAAACCCAAGCUCGAUCUAGAAACCAAGAAGAGGGGCGAUGGCGGAGAAGGUGUCGAGGCUGUCAACGGAGAAGGCGGUGGUGAUCUUCACGAGGAGCCAGUGCCCGAUGUGCCACACGGUGUUGAGCCUCUUCUCCGAUCUCGGCGUGUGCGCGGCGGUGCACGAGCUCGACAAAGACCCGCGCGGCCGCGAGAUAGAGCGGGAGCUCGCCUGCCGCCUCGGCCGCGCGCCAGGGGUCCCUGCUGUCUUCGUCGGCGGCAACCUCAUCGGCUCCACCGAUAGGGUCAUGUCGCUGCACCUCGCCGGCAAGCUCGUGCCCUUGCUCAAGGGCGCCGGUGCCAUAUGACUCUGAGUCUGAGUUCAUCCAUCUCUAUCAGCGGCGGCAACUAUAUAAUUAACCACUCACACCCCUAAUUUUGCUGGGUUCAUAUAUAAAUUUGCACCUGCACGCAUAUGCAAAUUAAUCGAACUACAGGGUGUAUCCAACAAGAAUAUAUGAGAAGUUUUGUUUUGCUGCUAGUGUAACCUCUAUGAGGGCUGAAAAGAGUGAGGAAUGUCUAGUCCGUGUCACUCAAUAUAAAUGGAAAUGUAAUCCUGUCCUUUCCAUUUUUUUGUGGUGGGGUGUGAAUUUUGAAAUAUUUUUGUGGAUAUUCAAACAUAAAUGAUCGGAUGCACAACACAUUCACACUAUGAACA